UAAGUUCAAAUUAUUACUUCUUGCUUUUGCAGCUGCCUAUAACAAUAUCAGAAUUCUUACAUACUUUUAUUUCUCAAAAAACUGAGCAAUUUCCCAUUUCAAGAAGAAAAGAAAAAAAUUCAAAGAUGGGAUCUGUCUCACAAACUGAAAAACCACAUGCUGUAUGUAUCCCAUAUCCAGCCCAAGGCCAUAUCACCCCUAUGCUAAAGCUUGCUAAGCUUCUCCAUCACAGAGGUUUCUACAUAACUUUCGUCAACACCGACUACAAUCACCGUCGUCUUCUCAAGUCGAGAGGCCCCAACUCGCUCGAUGGCUUGCAAGAUUUUACCUUCCAAACCAUUCCCGACGGCCUUCCGUACUCGGAUGCCAACUCUACUCAAGAUAUUCCAGCACUUUGUGAAUCCACCUUCAAGAAUUGCUUAGCCCCUUUUCGUGAUCUUAUUUCACAACUGAACUCAAUGGCAGCUUCUCCUUCCAGUAAUAUGCCACCAGUUAGUUGUAUUGUUAGUGAUGCUGCUAUGUUUUUCUCUAUGGUGGUUGCCAGUGAGUUUAAUAUCCCUUAUGCUUUUCUUUGGACUGCUAGUGCUUGUGGCUACCUUGGUUACUUCCAGUAUGAACAUCUCAUCGACCAAGGCUUGAUUCCACUUAAAGAUAUGAGUCAGAUAACAAAUGGAUAUUUAGAAACUACGACGGUCGGAUGGACUCAAGGAAUGAAAAAUAUACGUUUGAGAGAUCUUCCUUCUUUUUUUAGAACAACAGUUCGAGAGGAUAUCAUAUUCAAUUUUAUCAUUCAAGCAAUGAAAAGCUCUCGAGAAGCACCUGCAAUUAUAUUAAACACAUUUGAUGCAAUCGAAGGAGAUGUCAAAGAUUCUCUUUCUUCUAUCCUUCAAUCCAUUUACACCAUUGGUCCACUUCACAUGCUUGCCAACCAAAUAGAUGAUGAAAAUCUAACAGCAAUUGGCUCAAACCUAUGGGCUGAGGAAUCAGAAUGCAUUGAGUGGCUUAACUCUAAGCAACCCAACUCAGUUGUUUAUGUAAAUUUUGGUAGCAUCACAGUGAUGACACCACGACAAAUGAUUGAAUUUGCAUGGGGAUUAGCUGAUAGUGGGAAGCCAUUCUUGUGGAUUACAAGGCCUGAUUUAAUUGUGGGAGAUUCAGCCAUUUUGCCUCAUGAAUUUGUAGCACAAACUAAAGAUAGAAGCUUGAUAGCAAGUUGGUGUUGUCAAGAACAAGUGUUGAACCAUCCUUCAAUAGGAGGAUUUCUAACACAUAGUGGAUGGAAUUCAACUCUUGAGAGUAUAUGUGCUGGUGUUCCAAUGAUUUCAUGGCCCUUCUUUGCUGAACAACAAACAAAUUGUCGUUAUUGUUGCACUGAGUGGGGGAUUGGAAUGGAAAUUGAUAACAAUGUAAAAAGAAAUGAAGUGGAAGAGUUAGUGAGAGAGUUGAUGGAUGGAGAAAAAGGUAAGAAAAUGAAAGAGAAUGUAAUGUAUUUGAAGAGUAAAGCUGAAGAAGCAUAUAAACCAGGUGGUUUUGCUUACAAGCAAUUGGAUAAGCUGAUCAAUGAAGUACUUUUGUCAAACAUAAAGAAGGUUUAAACUUUGUAUAUCCAAAGUUCUCUGCUUUACACUUAAUUGAUCUGCUUUUCUUCUUUAAGAACCUAUGUAUUAUGA